AUGAGAGCAUGUAGCACUCUGACAAGAUGUCAAGCUCGAGGACAACGUCAGUGGGAUUUGGAAAGAGUAGGUGAAACAACGGAGGUGUCUGUUUCGCUGUUCAUCAAUCGAAUUUCGGCUGUUGAUGAGAACAAAGAGGAGAUCUCACUCGACGUAUUCCUGUACGUGCACUGGAGGGAUCCACGAGUGCACAUUCGCAAUGACACGGACGUGAACCAUGUGGAGCUGACCUGGAAACACCGAGAGCGGUUCUGGGUGCCCGAUCUGUACAUCCGCCAACUGCGGGAGAUGAAAGUGUUAUCGCUCUUCCAGGAGAUGACAUCUCUGCGCCUCUUCCGCAACCACACCAUGCGCAUCAGCAUCGGAGCUACAGUGAUAAUCAAAUGUGACAUGGAUUUCGUGCUCUACCCGCUGGAUGUACAAAGAUGCGACGUCGACUUCAGUAGUUACAAAUACACGAUCGCGGACAUGAAUUUUAAGUGGGUGGGUGAGAAGGCCCUAAGUUUUCCAAGCGACUUCGGUGACGGUUACAGGCUUCCAAAGUAUGUUGUGUCCUUUUCUACGGAGGACUAUUCUCAAGGUGUCUAUUACGGCGAAGGCAACCACUCGACGGCCCGCAUGCACAUCACGAUGAGCCGCGAGCUGCGCAGCUACCUGCUCGAGACGUACUUGCCCAGCUCGCUGUUCGUCAUCAUGUCGUGGGGCAGCUUCGUCGUCAUCCCGGACAUGGUGCCCGGCCGCAUGGUGCUGCUCGUCACGACGCUCCUCUCCCUCGUCACCAUGUUCGACACCGUCAGGAACAACUCGCCGCCGGCGCUGGAGCUGAAGUGCAUCGAGGUGUGGCUGAUAUCGUGCACGCUGUUCGUCUUCUUCGCCCUCAUCGAGUACUUCGUGGUGCUGUUCGGCAUCCGCUACGACAAGCACUGGCGCCACAAGAAGCGCGACACCGAGCGAGCAGCGCCGCCGCCCCUCGGCACGCAGGGCCAGCAGAACAGCUCGGCGAUGCCCAGUCGCAACCAGCUGCAGGCUCCAGCACCGUCGGCGGCCGCCAGCAACCACAAUCACGUGUCUCCGGUCGCCCCCAUCCGGCACAUGUCGCAGCUCCCUCCACUGCUGCGCCGAGGGAUCGGCAAGCUGGCUGGCGCCAAGGAGGCUGGCACUGCAACUGGCCCAGGAGUCGGCAGUUCGCGCAUCGAUAACCUCCGGCUCUUUGGCGGUACCAGCAAGGUGGCGCCACAGCAUCUCGACGUCGAUGCCUCUAAGGACAUCGUCCUCCCAUCUAGAACAGUUCUCAGGGAGAAUCACGUGCUGUCCAGCGAGCACUCUGAACUACGAGGACGGCUCAAAUUCCGUGCAGUGGCGGAAUAUGUAGUGCUGUACUGCGGCUCACAGCGUGGGAUGGUCGACCAGGUGUCUCUGGUGCUGUUCCCAGUGUGCUUCUUCCUCUUUACGACAGUGUACUGGAUCUCCUACGUAAGCGAAUCACGAAUGCGCAUGAAUGGCUGA